AUGGAUGCCACGGGAAAGCAAACGCUGUAUGCCGCGAUCGCGACGUUUCUUGUGAUUGGCAUCGCUUGGAUAUGGAAACUCAACAGCACCUUGAAACAGACACCACCAGAAGUAUUAGCUAUCUCCCCACACCGCUGGACAGAGCAAGAGAUCAAAGAUACCUACCGACGCAUUGAGGCCAACCCGAUCGACUGGGCUAAACAACUCCCGCCGCAGCUGAACCGUCGUUACAUUGUAACAGGCGGCUGCGGCGGAGUCGGUGGUCAAAUCGUCCUACACUUACUUGCCCGUGGCCAGUCUCCGGAGAGCAUCCGAAUCAUCGAUUUCCAAAAGCCGGUCCGAUCUGAUAUGACAACGGGCUCUGCCGCUCUAGUUGACUUUGCGCAAGCUGAUAUCACAUCGCCACCGGCAACGUCUGCGGCAUUUAAUAAGCCAUGGCCCAAGAGCGUUGCCCAUCUUCCACUUACUGUCUUCCACACGGCUGCCAUAAUCCAAGCGUCGGAGCGCUCCCUUAAAACUUAUGAGCGCAUAAAGCGCGUCAAUAUCGACGGUGUACAAAAUGUCUUAGACGCGUCGAAGCAAGCCGGCGCUACCGUCUUCGUGUCUACAUCCUCCGCCUCAGUUGCUUAUACGCCCGUUAGGUAUUGGAAUAAUCCUUUUCAGCGCUGGCCUGAGAACUAUUGGCAACUACUCGACGACUCUGAUUUUGACCGACCGUUGCGACCGCACGCGCAAUUCUUUAGCAAUUAUGCGCACGCAAAGGCGACCGCCGAACGCCUUAUCUCCGAGGCUAAUAACUCCGGUUUCCGCACGGGGAUCGUGCGCCCUGGGAACGGUAUCUACGGUAGCAGUCACGGCGACCAGAUCAUUGGGCUUUGUUUGAGGGCUGCAAAUGUUGUUCCCCCCGCGGAGGCACGGCCGCCACGCCUUACCUUCGGCGUUGAAAUGGAAUUUGUAGUUCCCUGGUUGCCCGAGGGCGUUGACGAUGUCCUCGAACAUAUCAAAGGUCUACCUCCGAUCUUUAGGAUAAAGGAGGAACCAAAGGAUGGAGACAUUCCAGCCGUGAUUUAUAAAAUGAUCAAAGCUCUCUUCGAGAAACACAACCUUCCAGCCAAUAUUAAGACUUAUACAUAUAAGACUGAUUUUAUCAAGGGAAUACUCGGUAAUUAUAAUCAUUGGGGAGUUACGGAAGACGUUACCGUUAAUGAACCCGUCGAAGCCAAGACCUUUGACUGGGUCAAAAAGUUUGGAUGGGUGGGCGUCGAGGUUCAGACUCCCGUCGAGCCUGAUAUCCCUGCUGCUUUCGAAGUUCUUAAUUACGCUCGACAGCUUCUAAUCUCGUCGUAUAGGUGUCGCGUCAACCAUUCCUGUGGACUCCAUGUUCAUGUUGGAAACGGUGCCGAAUACUUUCCCCUCGACUCUUUGCGACGUAUUGCUUCACUAGUAUUUGCUACGGAGCACUUGCUCACCACCCUCAACCACCCCUGGCGGGUAGUUAAUUGGAACUGUCGAACAUUGCGGGACAGAAGUAAUUUGUCGAAUCGGUUAGAUGGUCAAGCAAUGAGUCCUGGCCCGACGCAUGAAACUGGAUCUGGAAGAGAUUGCGUCCGGUAUCUUGCCACAGAAGUCCGACACGGAGAGGAGCCUAUAUCCUGGAGAGAGGAGAAUCGAUCGAAUAAGUAUGUGGAUGCUUUCGAUGAAAAUAGGAAUAAAGCUGGGUUUCAACCUUUCCAACCAAAGAUGGAACCUAAGGCUGGGGAAGCAGCCCCAAAAAAGAAAAGAAUAAAAGCUAAAGCGAAGAAUGCAGGAGGGAAAGAAGAGGAGGAUCAGGUAAUCAAAGCGUCUAGCGAUCCGUUCAUCCGGCCUAUCAAACCCAGCAAGCCCGUCCGCACACGAAACAUUCCAAGAAUCGCAAGAACGCGCUAUACUGAUGAACAACUCGAAGACAUCAACGAGAAGACAAGAGACUGGGGUUGCUCCGGCCUCGAGGUAGACGGUCCAAAUUCCCAUCGGGCACCAGACCCAGGCGUAUUCGCAGGGGUCCAGCAAAUCUACCAGAGCGUGAGCAGCUGCGAAAUCGCGCAUCUCAUGUAUCCCCGAGGAGGGGCCAUGGUGAAUUUCCGGCACUACGCGUGCGAUUCAUUCAUGCAUCGCAACUCGGGGCGCACGAUCGAGUUCCGGGGAGCCGAGGGCAGCCUCAGCUCCUGGGUAGUGGUCUGGGCGAAGAUUUGCGUAGGCCUGAUCAAGUUCGCCAUUCGAUCGCCUUACUACGAGUUCACUCGCGUUCUUGAGAACUGCGAUAUCUCGACCGACGAGGAUGGUGUGUAUGAUUGCAUUGACUUGCUUGAUGAUUUGGGACUCUAUGCGGAGGCGGAAGCGGCUGAGAAAGGAUCGCGGCGAAUAAAGAGGAAUGGGGUCUCGAGUACGUGGAGCCGGAGAGAAGGCGGCUGA